UUUAGAAAGCAGGUUUAGGUGAAGUGAAAACCUUCUACGCCUCAAAAUAACUACUUUCCUCCGGCUAUGGACGAAGCAGAGCUUCGCCGAUUGCUUCAUAGCAUCGGCAGCCAAAUAAGGGACAUUGAUUUACAAAAUAUAAAGUAUCUUUGCAGCGAUAAAGUCGAGGCAGGUCAACUCCAACAAACUGAGUCCGCCAUGGAUCUCUUCAUUCUUCUUCUCAACCGAGACAUAAUAGGAACUUCGAAUUUAGUUUUUCUUGAAGAUGUGUUGGAUAAAAGUGGAAGGAAGGAUCUAGUGAGUAGAAUUAAGUCAAGUGGCAGGGAUAUGGCAAGCGAAGGCCCUGUUAUUUCUUCAGAAUCGACAACUUCAGGCUCUCGUCAAGAUAACAUAAAGUACAGGGUGUUUUUGAACCAAUUGUGUGACGAAUUGACCAGACAAAAUAUUGAAUCUUUAAAGUUUCUCGUCAGUGUACCAGCUGCUAUUGGUCAAGGAAUGAAAAGUGGACAUCAGUUGUUUGAUUACUUGGAGAAAAGAGGCAUAAUUGGGCAGUCAGAUCUCAGUUUUCUUGCUGAGAAUUUCACUUUUAUUCACAGAAAAGACCUUUCCAAAAAAGUUGAAGAGUUUUCAAAAAGGCAAUCAGAUCCAUCCCCAGUGCCUCCAAUUUCGAGACUAACAAUUUCUGACAGAGAAAGGAACACACCAGAGCCGACAGGAGCACAGGAGCACUCUGAGCACACGGGGGCCUUACCAAUCAGACCUGCCCCACUGCUUACACCACAAUAUUUUACACGUACUAUAAUAAACUUACCUCCGAAUGCACCACCUAUCAUACCUAUUGAAUCUCGUCCAAGGUUCCCUGUCCAGUGUGGAGAUGACAUACCUCCCCUUGACCAAGAAGAUGACAUGCCAUCAUACGACAUGAGGCAUCGCCCAAGAGGAUACGCCCUCAUUAUUAGCAAUGAAAAAUUUUCAGGCAUUAGGAAUCUGCAAGAUCGGAUAGGCACUGAGAAAGAUGUCAACAAUCUCAAGACUUUGUGGGAGAAACUUCAUUUUGAGGUGGUGAUUAAGAGAAAUAAAACAACCAGUGAAAUGUAUGAAAUUGCGAGAGAGUUCUCAGCGAAAGAUCAUUCUAGUUUUGAUUGUUUUGUUUGUUGUCUGAUGAGCCAUGGGAUCCAUGGAGGUAUCUAUGGCAUUGACUCUGAGGUGUUAGAACUCGGACAGAUCACGUCUCAGUUCAAGGGAAGUGCUUGCCCUUCACUUUUAAACAAGCCCAAACUGUUUUUUAUUCAAGCGUGUCGUGGCACAGAGUUUGACCAUGGAACUCAAGCUGAUGCUGUUAGGAAUUCUGAAGAGGAUGCAAUGCGCCAUAGUGCCGAACCCAAUGAAGGACACUUCCUCCUUGGGUAUGCAACACCUCCAGGUUAUGUCAGCUGGCGCAGUACUGAACAUGGUUCCUGGUACAUUUCUAAACUGUGCGAAGUAUUUGGCAAAUACUGUGAUGCAUAUGAUGUCACAUCAAUGAUGGUAAAAGUGAAUGACGAAGUGUCUGAAGCCUACACUAAAAAGGGCUAUAAACAAUGCCCUGCACCUGUGGUUACUUUGAGAAAAAGAAUAUAUCUCAAUAAUAAUUAAGUUAUUGGUAUCGCACAGGUGUGCCAACAUCCAGGGGAGGGGAGAGGGGAAGGGAGGGGAGGGGUCUAGUGAUAGGAUUCAAUUCACAUUCAAUUUAUGGUUCCUAUUCAGACAAUAACAAAUCAAUCACUUGGCAUGGCUGUGUAGCAGUUUUCCCAAUGGAACUAAUUAAUCUUGUCCCACAAACAAACACACACUGUGUGUUUUAAACAGUACUAAAAGGAUUAUCAAGCAAUUUUCUUUUAUUUUUAUUUUAACAAAUGUUUUGUCAAAAUAGUUGGAAGUCAAAGGUGGACCAUGGUUGUGGACCAUCAUUGACUUCUUCUAUAUGUAUAGCAUUUUUCAAGAAAAAAAUGACGUACCUCUGGUAGCCUAGCUUUUGUUUGGAACCCCUCCCAGUGUAGAAAUGCUGUCUAUGCACUUCAACUAUAACAAAAGAAGAUUCCUAAUCAUCUCAAUUUUCAAUUGGGCAGGCUUCAUUCUCAUAGAUAAAUAAUCUUGAUUUUAACUUAAUUCAGGCACUUUAUUCUAAAAAGUAUAAUAGUAUAAUUUAUAUAUCUUCAUAACUAAUAAUAUUAGUUUUAAACUCAAA